AUGGCCACUGCGCGUUUGCGCCGCAAGGCCUCUCGCAUGGCACUAUCACCUGAUGUUGCAAAGCACACCCUGAAGAAGAAACGCUCCGGUCCUGCUGGACCCUUUGCAAGCAUGAACCAGACCGAAGCCCGUAUUCCGGAUGCGCCACGACCCCGAUCCCAAGCCGCCCUCAGACGUUCCGGCGACGACUCCAAGUCCAAGAAGCCCGAAAGCCCAUUGUACAAAGCGUUGAAGAUGCAAACCACGUUAUCUCCUGUCACAUACGGCCGUCGAACCGCUAUCAAAUCGAAAAUUGCCAACGUAACGAGCUUCGACCAUAUGCCUCUGCUUCCUGCCGUCCGACAAUCGAUCUUCACCCAAGCUCUGCCUGGCCUAGCGGACGUCGUCCCAACACCGAUUCAACGGCUUGCCAUUCCACAACUUCUGAGUCAGAAGCCGAAUAAGAAGACAUCCCCGAAGGAGGAGGAUGAAUUUGAAUAUGAUCAGUUCCUUCUUGCGGCUGAAACAGGAUCCGGAAAGACAUUGGCGUAUCUGCUUCCCGUGGUGGAUGCAGUGAAGCGUGCGGAAACAUUGGAUAAGCAAGAGGAGAAGCUUUUGGAGGAGGAGAAGGCAAAAGAGCGAGAGGAAAGAUUGAAAACUCGGACAUACGACCUAGAGCCUGAAGUGGCCCCUAUGACCAACGAGGGUCGCCCGAGAGCUAUCAUCCUCGUGCCGACCUCGGAAUUGGUUGCCCAGGUUGGAGAGAAGGUCAAGGCCCUCGCGCACACUGUCAAGUACCGAUCGGGUAUUAUAUCCUCAAACCUCACCCCCCGCCGCAUUAAAAACACCCUUUUCCACCCGGACGGCAUUGAUAUUCUUGUCUCUACCCCUCACCUUCUCGCCUCGAUCGCAAAAACCAACCCUUACGUGCUCAGUCGCGUUAGUCACCUUGUCCUUGACGAAGCCGAUUCUUUGAUGGACCGUUCCUUCAUCCCAACUACCAUGGAAGUCGUGGAUAAGGCAGCCCCUUCGCUCAAGAAACUGAUCUUCUGCUCUGCUACCAUCCCGAAGAGUCUCGAUACUCAAAUUCGCAAACGCUACCCCGAUGUCAAGCGCCUGACGACCCCGAACUUGCACGCCAUUCCCCGACGUGUUCAGCUAGGUGUGGUGGACAUUGACAAGGAGCCUUACCGAGGAAACCGAAUGCUUGCUUGCGCUGAUGUCAUUUGGUCAAUUGGCAAGGCGGGUGAUGGAACUGACGGCGAGACGUACGGCCCUGUUCUCUCCAAAUACAUGGGACCCAAGGUCAAGAAGAUCAUUGUAUUUGUCAAUGAGCGGGAGGAGGCGGACGAGGUGGCACAAUUCCUUCAGACCAAGGGUAUUGAUGCGACCUCCUUGUCUCGUGACUCUAGCUCCCGAAAGCAACAGGAAAUCUUGGCAGAAUUUACUGAUGUUGAGAAGCCCCCAUCCUCGGAGGAUAUUCUGUUGGCACGAAAGCAACACCGCAUGGAAAAGGAAAUCCCCUUGGAGCUUCCUGAUUUGAGAUCCCAAAUGACCCGUCGUCUUCCCAACACUCGGGUUCUCGUUACGACUGACAUUGCCUCCCGAGGCAUUGAUACUUUGGCCGUCAAAACGGUGGUGCUCUACCACGUUCCCCAUACUACGAUUGAUUUCAUCCAUCGUCUGGGUCGUUUGGGUCGUAUGGGCAAGCGUGGUCGUGGUGUUGUCUUGGUAGGCAAGAAAGACCGUAAGGAUGUUGUUCGCGAAGUUCGUGAGGGCAUGUUCCGUGGACAGGCCCUGAUCUAG